GAUGGAAGCUGGAGCGUGCUGCAGCUUGUGGAAGCCCUGGGGUCUUGCCUGGAGAACACAGAUCCUCGGACGCGGGGGCGAGGCAUCCAGCUGCUCUCACAAGUCCUGCUCCAGUGUUACUCCCUGCUCCAGGAGAAGGAAGUGCUGCAUCUGGUCCUGUUCUAUGAGAAUCGGCUGCAAGAUCAUCACCUCGUGAUCCCCUCGGUGCUCCAGGGACUCCGAGCGCUGAGCAUGUGUGAGGUGCUGUCCCCGGGCCUAGCGGUGUCUGUGCUCAAAGCUAUCUUCCAGGAGGUCCACGUGCAGUCCCUGCUGCAGCUGGACCGCCACACAGUCUACAGCAUCAUCACCAACUUCAUGGCCACCAGGGAGGAAGAGCUGAAGGGCCUGGGUGCCGACUUCACCUUCGGCUUUAUCCAGGUGAUGGAUGGGGAGAAGGAUCCCCGCAACCUGCUGUUGGCCUUCCAGAUCGUGCACGAUAUCAUUACCAAGAACUACGCCCUAGGUCCUUUUGUGGAGGAGCUGUUUGAAGUGACGUCCUGCUACUUCCCCAUUGAUUUUACUCCACCCCCCAAUGACCCUCACGGCAUCCAGAGAGAAGACCUGAUUCUGAGCCUCCGGGCUGUACUGGCCUCCACGCCCCAAUUUGCUGAGUUCCUGCUCCCUCUGCUCAUCGAGAAGAUGGACUCAGACCUGCAAAGUGCCAAGCUUGAUUCCCUGCAGACUCUGACUGCCUGCUGUGCCGUCUACGGGCAGAAGGAGCUGCAGGAAUUCCUCCCCAGCCUCUGGUCAUCCCUGCGCAGGGAGGUGUUCCAGACGGCAAGCGAGAAGGUUGAGGCGGAGUGCCUGGCCGCGCUGCACGCCCUCUCUGCCUGCCUCUCCCGCUCCGUGCUCAGCUCUGAUACUGAGGACCUGCUGGAUUCCUUUCUCAGCAGCAUCCUGCAAGAUUGCAGGCACCAUCUGUGCGAGCCUGACAUGAAGCUGGUGUGGCCAAGUGCCAAACUCCUGCAGGCAGCGGCGAGCGCGUCUCUGCGUGCCUACCACCGUGUCACCUGCAGCGUCCUGCCACUGCUGCUGGAGCAGUACACCAAGCACCCGCAGAGCAGCCAGAGGAGGACAAUCCUGGAAAUGCUGCUGGGCUUCCUGGAGUUACAGCAGAAGUGGGGACAUGUGGAAGAAGAUGAGAGCACUCUGCUGUCACUCCGAGCCCCGGUUUGCUCUGUGGUGUUCUCGGCACUGACGGAUCCCAGCGUGCAGCUGCAGCUGGUCGGGAUCAGGGCACUGACUGUCCUGGGCUCUCUGCAAGGCUUCCUGUCUCCCACCGACCUGGAACUGGUUGUGGAUCACCUCAUCCGUCUCGCGCUGCAUGAGGAGGAUUCCCAAAGCAGCGAAGCAGCGAUGGAGGCAGCUGGGUCCCUGGCCCCCAUCUAUCCGAAGGUUUUCUCUGGACGCAUGGUACCCAGGGUUGAGGAGGAACUGUGUGUCUCCUCUUCAGAAAGGGAAGAGGAGAGCUCCCAGGACCACUGCUCCCUGCAGCAGCGCUGCCUGCAGGCCCUGGCAGCCGUGUCCACCCACGCCAGCAUCGUGAAGGAGACAGUGCCCGUGUUGCUGCAGCAUCUCCGGAAGGUGCAGAAAGGGGACGAGGCCAGGAGUGCCCAAGACGUGGUCUCUGUCUGCCGGAGCCUGCAGCAUGUGGCCCUGCAGUGCCAGCAGGAUGCCGAGAGCUGCUGGUACUACCACCAGACAGUGGUGCCCUGCCUGCUGGCCACGGCUGUGCACGCUGCCAUGCAAGAGAGCACCCACCCGCUGCCAGGCAGGGCGUUGCUGCAGGAAGAGGUGCUGGCUGCCAUGGUCCCCAUCAUCAGUGCUGCCACCACUCACCUGAGCCCUGAGCUGGCUGCCCAGAGCGUGUCUCAUGUGGUGCCUCUCUUCCUGGACGGCGAGGUCUCCUUCCUGCCCCAGAACAGUUUUCCCUGCUCCUUCCAGCCCUUCGAGGAUGGGGAGUGCUUGGAGGCUCAGCGACGCCUGGUCGCCCUCCUCAUGGCCUUCGUCUGCUCCUUGCCCCCCCGCCGAACGCAGGCGCUCACCCUGCUGCUCUGGGUGACCAAAGCCCUGGUGCUGCGCUACCACCCCCUGAGCUCCCUCCUGACAGAGAAG